AAAAGAAAGGCGCAAAUAUGAAGUGAAGCCAUAAAUUUGUAAACAAAUAUAUUUUUUUUAUUUGUAUCACAAAGUACAAUAUUAAUCCGCCAUGGUAGUAGCCAUAGGGUUUGAAGGAAGUGCAAAUAAACUAGGCAUUGGUAUUGUGAGAGAUGGAGAAAUCCUGGCUAACUGUAGACGCACCUAUAUAACACCGCCUGGAGAAGGUUUCUUACCUAGAGAAACAGCUGAACAUCAUAGGGAAAAUAUACAUGAGGUUUUAAAAGAGGCUCUUGAACAAUCUGGAUUAAAACCUGAUGAAAUAGAUGUAGUUUGUUAUACAAAAGGCCCUGGGAUGGGUGCACCUUUGAGUGUGUGUGCGAUUGUAGCCAGGACAUGUGCCUUAUUAUGGAACAAACCUAUUUUAGGCGUCAACCACUGUAUUGGCCAUAUAGAAAUGGGUAGACUAAUAACACAAGCUCACAACCCAACUGUGCUUUAUGUUAGCGGAGGUAAUACACAAAUUAUAGCAUACUCCAGGCAGAGAUAUAGGAUAUUUGGAGAGACAAUUGAUAUUGCUGUAGGCAAUUGUUUAGAUAGAUUUGCAAGAGUAUUAAAAUUAUCAAAUGCACCAAGUCCAGGAUACAAUAUUGAACAGAUGGCAAAGAAAGGCAAAAAAUAUUUACACUUACCAUACUGUGUUAAAGGAAUGGAUGUAAGUUUUUCGGGGAUCCUAUCAUUUAUGGAGGACAAAAUAGAUGAAUUGCUGAAAGACUAUUCUCCAGAAGACUUAUGCUACUCUCUGCAAGAAACAAUAUUUGCAAUGCUGGUAGAAAUCACCGAACGGGCCAUGGCGCAUUGUGAAUCACAUGAGGUCCUCAUAGUUGGUGGUGUUGGUUGUAAUGUACGAUUACAAGAAAUGAUGGGUAUUAUGUGUUCAGAAAGAGGAGCCAAAAUAUUUGCUACAGAUGAACGAUUUUGUAUUGACAAUGGUGUAAUGAUUGCUCAUGCUGGGGCAUUAGCUCAUGCAUCUGGAACUAGGAUGGAUUUUAAGGACUCCACAAUCACACAAAGAUAUAGAACUGAUGAUGUUUUUGUAACAUGGCGAGAAGAUUAAAUUUAAAUGUUGUUCAA